AUGUUGCCGAGACAUCUUUUACGGGCAAUGCAGCCCCUACGAUCGUCCAUCAUCCGACCAACCUCAAUUCUGCCCACACAAACACCUGCCGCUCUUCAAUGUGGCCGACCAACCUUUAUCUCCCACCGACUCAUUGCUUCCACUGCGGAUGAAUCCUCACAGCAAGCAGAAUCUCCCGAAUCAAGCAUCCGACCCUCCGCCGACCCCCCGUCUCUCCGCACCUACCCCUACACCCUGAAACAAGGCAGAGUCGUUUCGGCCGGCCGUAUGGACCGCUGCGUUCACGUCGACGUUCGCCACACAGUUUGGGACGACUUCUUGCGGAAGUCUUACCCUAAGGUCACCAAGUUCAGGGUCUCGGAUCCGCGAAAUUCUUUGCGCCAUGGCGAUGUCAUUGAAUUCUCAUCCGGGUACCCGAAAAACCGUAACGUGCGCCAUGUUGUGGAGCGAAUCAUCACGCCGUUUGGCGUGUCUAUCGAGAACAGGCCUCCCGUCAUGUCAAGAGAAGAGAGAGAUGCGCUCCGCGCCGAGAAGAGGGCAGCGAAGGUGGCGCGCAGGGAGCAGAGAAGGGCGGAGGCUGGUAUUCCCUCUUCUGAGACACCUGGACACGGGAAGGAACAUAUUGGACGUAUUCGGAGGCUGGUCUUGGAGAGGACUGCCGGUGCCUCCGCACCUGCAGCUGGUGAGGGGUCCCCUUAG